AUGGCUGAACAGAUCGCCAUCGCCGCGCGCCGCGCCUUUGAGGCCUCGCAGCUUGUCGCCGCCUCGGAGCGUGACGUCGCCCUCGCCUCUAUCCGGGAAGCGCUCACCACUGCGCGUGACGAGGUGCUCGCCGCCAACGCAAAGGACAUGGAGGCGGCCAAGCCGCUCGUCGAGGCCGGCAAGCUGUCCGCGUCGCUGCUGUCCCGCCUCGACCUCGGCCGCCCGGGCAAGUACGACGCCAUGCUGCAGGGCAUCACGGACGUCGCGGCCCUCCCCCUCCCCACUGGCGUUGUGACCUUCGCGAAGGAGCUCGGGCCCGGGCUUGAGCUGCACCGCGUCACUUGCCCCGUUGGCGUGCUGCUCGUCAUCUUCGAGGCGCGCCCCGAGGUCGUGGUGAACAUCGCCGCGCUCGCGAUCAAGUCUGGAAACGCGGCCAUCCUCAAGGGCGGCAAGGAGAGCGUCAACUCGACCACGGUGCUGUCUCGCAUCAUCGCCGAGGCACUCGCCAAGACGUCGAUCCCGUCUACCUUUGUCCAGAGCGUGUCGACCCGCUCAGAGAUCUCGGCCCUCCUCGCCCAGGACAAGUACAUUGACCUUGUCAUGCCCCGUGGCGGCAACGAGUUGGUCACGAGCAUCAAGAACCAGACCAAGAUUGCUGUCAUGGGCCACGCAGACGGCAUCUGUGCCGUCUACCUCGACAAGACGGCCGACGAGCACAAGGCGAUCCGUGUGGCUGUCGAGUCAAAGAUCGACUACAUGGCGGCAUGCAACGCGGCCGAGACGCUGCUGGUGCACGAGUCGCUCGUGUCAACGCUGUGGCCCAAGGUGGCCAACGCGCUCGUCGCUGUCGGCGUCUCUUUGCGCGCUGACGCCGCGACCCUCGCCGCGCUUGCCGGUACCCCUGCCGCGGCGAACGCGACCGCGUCCACCGAGGAGGACUACUACACCGAGUUCCUGGGCCCCAUUAUCGCCGUCAAGGUCGUGUCGGGCGUCAACGAGGCCAUCGAGCACAUCAACCUCCACUCGUCGCACCACACCGACUCGAUCGUGACCGAGGACGAGGCGUCCAUGUCGGCAUGGGCGCGCGGCCUCGACUCGGCCAACUGUUUCAUCAACGCUUCGACGCGGUUCGCAGACGGCACGCGCUAUGGCCUCGGCACAGAGGUCGGCAUCUCGACCGGCAAGACGCACGCACGCGGCCCCGUCGGCCUCGACGGCCUCGUCAUCUACAAGUACGUCCUGAGGAGCACCAAGGACGACGGAUCCGUCAUUGCCGACCACGAGAAGGGCGGCAAGGGAUACACGCACACCGAUAUCUCGAGGGAGCAGGCGCCGUUUUAG